AUGAGAGGACCGAGUGUGAGAGAGGGCGCGAGCCGUGAGGAGAGAAGGCACCUGGCCAGUGCACGCGGCGAGACUAUUGAAAAUGGGCGCGGACGAUGGGGCGAAAAGCGCGACGAGGAUCACCAACCGCACGUCAGAGCCAGAUCUGAGGGGCCUGAGCCUGCGCUUGAAGUUGGGUGGAGACCACUGGAGUCCCCUGCUGAGAGUCUGAGCUGCGUCUCUGUCGAUGAGAAAAUCAUCCUAACCCACCUGGGGAUGGUUAACCGUGCCACCACUUCCCAAGUUCUCUUUCCCAUCUCUUGUCUCUCCUUCGCGUCGCGGAGACACCUUUUUCUCUCUGUCAUGAAGGACACAGGGCUUGCCCCCUACUCCCGCUUUCCCAACUCUCUGGCUCUACGUCGUCAGCACCCCCAUCCCCCAGGGAAUGCCAGGAGGACUGAGCGCGUGCCAACCGCUUCCUCGUUGGCUCCCACAAGUGCCCAAGAGCAAGCCUGUGGUCCCUCCCCACUUCCUCUCCAGAUGGGCUCCCUGCUGUCUCCGCUCGGGAACGAUAGUGGUUUGGUGCCUGUGGCUUGGCCCUCGCAGGCGUUGACCUUUCUUCGUACACGGCACACCACUGCCGCUAACAAGCUAAUUAACAACCGGCUCACCGGCCCCCCCAAUCGCCCCCCAAGUGCUGGGCGCGGCAGCUGGGUUGACGGACAGAGGGGCAAGAGGGGCCCGUACCUGGACCGGGGGCUUCAUGGGAUCCUGGGUCAAACUUUCGCGGGAGAUCCUCAGCAGAUCCAGACCAUGCUGGGGGGUGCGCCCGAGUUGACCAGAGUGUGA